ACUUCCGGGGCGGGGCAGCUCACCGGAAGUGAACUGUCCGCUGACCGUUGCUUGGCAACGGCGUGGCGGCGCAGCCAUGGCGGACGAUGAUGAUCUGCCCAUCUCCACCUUCGGGAAYCUCAUGAGCGAGGGAAUAGCCCUGGGCCGGCGGGGACUGCACGAGAAGGCUCUGUGCUGCUUCAACGACGCGCUGAAGCUGAGGGCAGGAGACAAGCACUGCCUUGUCACCCGCUCCAGGUGUUUCCUGAAACUUGGAGACACAGCAAACUCCUUGAAAGAUGCUGAAGCCUCGCUCCAACACGACAAAGCAUUCUCUGAGGGGCUUUACCAAAAGGCAGAGACACUGUACUCCAUGGGUGACUUUGAGUUUGCGCUGGUGUUUUACCACCGAGGCCAAAGGCUCCGCCCAGAUCUGCACAAGUUCCAGCUGGGCAUCAACAAGGCCGAGGAGGCGAUUGUCAACUGCAUUGGGCAUCCAUCCUUGGUGAAGCUGGAGAGCAAGAAGGAGCUGGGCUUCGUGAGCAGGCAGGCAGAGCUGCAGAGCAAAAAAGACAAACAGAUGCAGCAGAGCAAACCGCCUAAGGAUCAAAAACCRACAAAGAAGAAAAGUGUAAAAACAGAGCAUCAGCUUCUGGGAGAGCUUUAUGCUGACAAGGCGUACCUGGAGAAGUUGCUCAAGGAUGAAGACUUGAUGCAGACCACCACAAGAAAAGGGAUCAAAAUCGAGGCGCUGAUAUUGGAUGGCAUUUCCUACCUGAACAACCGCCGGGAUUUCUGGCAGCAGCAGAAGCCGAUUUACGCCCGGGAGUACGAGCGCAAGCGCCUCCUGCAGGGACGGAUGUACGACAAGAAACGGAAAACAUCCGACAUCGGCAGAUUCAUCGCWAAGAAUAUGGAGGACAUUGAGCUGUUGCUGGCCAGAGGCUCCGCUAAGGAAAGCUGCAGGAGAGCUGAGCAUCUGCUGAAAAAGAUACAAGGGUGGGCAGAGGAUGAAGUUCCCAACAAGAAUGAGCUGAUUGGGAACCUCUACAGCAACAUGGGCAAYGCACAGCUGGCGAUGGAACAGAUGGAGGCAGCUCUGCGCAGCCAUAAGUUGGAUCUGGAAUGUGCCAGGCAGAACUCUCUGCCGGAUGCCGUGUCCCGAGCCCUUGACAACAUUGGCCACGUGUAUGCCCGACUUGGCAGGUUCCAGCAGGCCAUCAACACCUGGGAGCAGAAGAUUCCACUGGCCCAAUCCAGCCUGGAGAAGGCCUGGCUCUUCCACGAAAUUGGCCGGUGCUACCUCGAGCUGAAUAAAGCUGAAGCAGCCCAAGAUUAUGGCCAGAGGUCUCUGCARGCAGCAGAUGAAGAGAGAGAUGUGGAGUGGCAGCUCCACGCCACCGUGCUGGUGGCACAGGCACAAGUGAAAUUGAAAGAUUACCGUUCUGCGAUCUUGAACUUUGAAAAGGCCCUGGAGAAGGCSAAGCUUGUGCCUGGUGAAGAUGCUCAAAGUGGCAUCAUUGCGGCCUUGGAUAGUGUGAGCAAAAGCUACAUUGAGGAGCUGAACAAAAGCAAGAAACACUCGAUGGUUCCCUCACAUAAAGAUGGUCCCACCAGCGAUGAAGACAUAAAAAACAGCAUCGAGAAGGCGGAAGAGAAGAAGGAAGUGGUACAACACCCAGGGAAUCAAGAGGAAAAACCGAAAGAGGAAAAACCGAAAGAAGAAGAGCCAGAAGAGAAAAAGUCAGAAGAGGAAAAGCCGAAAGAGGAAGAGCCAAAAGAGGAAAAGCCAGAAGAGGAAAAGCCAGAACAAGAAGCCUGA